AUGGCCGACAAUUCCCAGGAGGCGGCUAGCCCAAAGAACGAGCGAGUCUAUGCAGAAGCUGGCGAAGAUGCAGAGACGCGAGCCGCCCGCCGCGAGCUGAAGCAGUCUUCCAUAUCGGAUCCUCCUACUUCCGUGGGCGACCUCGCAUCCGACUCUGUCGACGAGAGAGCGGCACGCCCUGAGACCCCAGCCGACCCUGUAUCCGAUAGCCAAGACGAGAAACUCAAGGAUCAUGUACCGUCUCCAAAGAAGAAGCGCGCACACGACCAGUUAGACGGCAGCAUAGACGUCGAGCAGAACGAUGCCAACAGCGUCACCUCCACAGAGUCCAACAGAGAUCGGGCUUCUCGAUUGGAGCCAGAAAAGAAGAGGCAUCGUGAGGAAGACUCAAAGAGAGUAGUGUCUAACUCCUCAUCAACAGUGGACUUGCAACCUGCUACAGAAGAGACCGCAAAUUCCCCAAAGAUUCCUACAGCAAGUGUCUUACCACAGACAUCAUCCUCUGCAUUUUCAGCCUCUGGAUUCGGCAAACUUGCUACUGGCUCCUCCCCGUUUGCGAGCUUGGGCACCGGUGUCAAUAGUGCUUCGCCUUUUGCCAAUCUUUCUUCCGGAUUCGGUGGUGCCAGCCUCGGUUCUCCGUUUUCUACAGGCAAGGGACUAGACAGCUUUGCGUCACCUUUGGCCAAACCUCUGCAAAGCGAAAAGCCAGCAAAGCCUUUCGGAGCCCCAGAAAGCGAUGCAGAGGAGGAGGAGGAAGAAGACGCUGAGCGAGAGGACGAAUCUGAGUCGAAUGAACAGGAGCGAGCACCGUCUCCAGAAAAGGAACUAGAGGAGAAGAAGAGGAUCAAACUGCACAAGGUCGAAGUUGAUGACGGCGAGGCAGGUGAAGCAACUUUACUCUCAGUCCGAGCAAAGAUGUUUUACCACGACAGAGAAGCAGGCUGGAAAGAGCGAGGUGCUGGAAUGUUGAAAAUAAAUGUCCCCCAAGCUUGUAUUGAGUUCGAUGAGAACGGCUCACCCAUUCUUGGCUCUUUUGAUGCGUCUAGCCUUGAAGGUGAUGAUGGAGAAGAUGACAAGGCACAGGUGCACAAAGUCGUCCGUCUUCUCAUGCGCCAAGAUCAGACGCAUCGUGUCAUUCUCAACACCGCAAUUCUCCCCGCAAUGAAUUUCCAAGAAAAGGCAUCUCUUAAGUCUGUAGGGAUACUGUUCACAGCAUUUGAGGGUGAGCAGGCUAAGCCAGUGAGCAUUACAAUGAGAAUGUCAGCCGCGAGUGCCAAGAGCUUCUUAAAGGAAGUUAGCAGCAUUCAGAAAGAACUUCGAGGCAAUUAA